GCUUCUCCGUGUGAACGAUAAAAGGAGAAAGCUUCACAAGAGGACGCACUCUCUCGGACUCUUGGCUCUUCCGUCACUUCUUGCAAAAAUCCGCCGAGUGUCGUAAUCAACAGAGUCGACCAUGAAGUUGCACACAAAGCCGACUUUCUGCUUCCUGAUCUCCUUUUUAUUCCUCUGUGCUGUUGCAGAUCUUCAGGCACCUGUAGUCCACACAAAGCUCGGGAGUCUGAAAGGUGAGUAUGUGAGUGUAAAGGGGAAGGAGAGCGGGGUCCACGCCUUCCUGGGUGUUCCGUUUGCCAAGCCACCUUUGGGCCCUUCCUUGAGACUGGCUCCACCUCAGCCUGUAGAAGGAUGGGAAGGAGCGAGAGAUGCCACUCAGCAGCCACCAAUGUGUAUUCAGUCUAAGCAAAUUCUUUUGGAUCUCCUUGAUCAACUCGGUGCAAUGCUGCCUGAUAUCCCAGACAUCUCUGAAGACUGUCUUUACCUCAACAUUUACACUCCUGCAAAAAGAGCUAAUGAUGCCAAGCUCCCAGUCAUGGUCUGGAUCCAUGGUGGGGGCUUUGCAUUGGGAUCGGCUUCAGUAUAUGAUGGCUCUGCUCUGGCUGCUUACCAGGAUGUGGUUGUGGUUCUGAUCCAGUAUCGAUUGGGACUUCUGGGUUUUCUCAGCACUGGAGAUGAGCACAUUUCAGGGAACUUUGGUCUGCUGGACCAGGUUGAAGCUCUCAAGUGGAUCCAGCAGCACAUUCACAACUUUGGAGGAGACCCAGGAUCAGUUACCAUAUUUGGGGAGUCUGCUGGUGGAGUGAGCGUGUCCCUCCUGCUUCUGUCACCACUGUCUGAUGGGCUGUUUCACCGUGCCAUUGCUGAGAGUGGCACAGCUGCAAUGGAUGCACUUAUGACAAAUAAUCCUUUACCAGUGGCACAGGCACUUGCAAAUGCAUCUGGCUGUAGCCUUGAAAGCACAAAGAAGAUCGGUGACUGCAUGAGAAACCUCGAUAUUGAAACCAUAGUGGGCUUUACACAGGAUCAAAAAUUGAGAUUUCAAAUAAAUGUUGACGGACAUUUCCUGACAAAACCUGUGGAUGAGCUGUUCCGUAAACAUGAACUCCACACUCUACCAUUCAUGACUGGUGUCAAUAAUGACGAAGCGGGAUGGAUGCUUACAACAUUCUUUGCUCCACAAAACUGGACAGAAGGAAUGGAUCGGGAGCAAGUUGUGAACAUAGUGUCCCUCUUCUACCCCAGUCCUAAAGAUGCAUUCAUGAGAGAUUUGAUAGCUGAUGAAUAUAUCGGAAAUGGUGAAGACCGUGUGAAAAAUAGAGAUGGGUACACCAAGAUCCUUGGAGAUAUGUUUUUCAACAUUCCAGCAGUUAAAGCUGCUAAUGCUCACAGAGACGCAGGUGCUCCUGUAUACCUGUAUGAGUACCAGCAUCCUCCUAAAUUCCUGCAGCAAAAAAGGCCGAGCUUUGUGGGGAGUGACCAUGCAGAUGAAAUUUUUACAGUGUUGGGAUUUUGCUUCACAACUACCCAUGUUAAAUUAACCGAUUCAUGUCCUGAGGAUGAGGAACAGUUGAGCAGAAUGAUGAUGAGCUACUGGGGGAAUUUUGCUCGCACAGGAUCUCCUAAUGGGGAUAACCUUGUCCACUGGCCAAAGUAUGGAGCUGAUGAAAAGUAUCUGGCGAUUGGUUUAAAAAAGCAGGUAACUGGUCAGUACCUGAAGAAGGACCAGUUUGUUUUCCUUACUCAGACUCUACCAGAGAAGAUCAAACAGCAUGAGGAAAAUGCAGAGCACAGAGAGUUGUAGAACACACACAUCUCUUCUCUUUGUGCCAUUGUUUUUAAAAAUAUUUGGCUAAGUCAAAAUUCAGAUACUAAACAGUCUUUGCACAUACUGUGAAAUAUUAGUGUGGACUGACACAUUUGUUGUCUGUUUAAUGAUCCCUAUUCUCAUAUAAAAUGAAAAAGAAUUUUGGUCCAGCACUGUAAGCAUACAGUUGUAGACAGAUAUUUAGAGCCACUCAUCAUGGCAAGUGUUUUUUUUUUUUUUUUUUUAACUUUUCUCUUUCAAGGGUGGAAUGACUGCACAGCAUACAUCUUUAAUGACUUUCAAAAACAAGAAAUGGGUGCACAAGUUUGAAAUGAUUUGGGGUUUUCACAAAUCUACACAGGGUCAAAAGUAUAGAUACAGGCUCUAAUACAUACAUACAUACAUACAUCCCCGCUAAUAUUUGGGUAAAUGUCCCUUAGCAAGCAAUACCUCUACCAGAAACUUUUGGUAACCAUCAACAAGCUUCUGGCAUCAUCCUGGCUGGAUAUUUGAACAUAUUUCUUGCUAGAAUUGGUAGUUUAUUUAAAUUGGUUGGUUUCUUGGCACAGACCUGAGUUUUAAGCAUUAUCCACAAAUAUUCAAUAGGGUUGAGGCGUUAGGGCUUUGGGAAGGCCAUUUCAGAAGCUUAAUGUAAGCCUGAGUUUAGAUUAUUGUCCUGUUGGAACACACUAUUGUGUCCAUGUUUCAACUGUCUGGCUGUUGAGUUAAUGUGACUAUGAAGAAUUUGGAGGUAGUCCUGUAUCUUUAAUAUUCCAUCCACUUUGGGCACUGUACCAGUAUCACUGGCAGCAAAAUGGCACCAGAGCAUGAUGCUACCAUCACCAUGCUUAACAGUUGGCACAUUUCUGUUAGGUUUGAAAGCCUCACCUUUACUGCUCCAAACAUACCUCUUGUCAUUGUGGCCAAAUAGUUUAAUCUUUGUCUCCUCUAACUAACCUUUCUCCAGAAGGCACUUUGUUUAUCCAUGUGGGCAGCUGUAAAUUUUAGUUGAGCUUGAAGGUGUUGAUUUUGGACCAGGAGCUUCUUUAUCGGUUGUUACUCUCUCAGUCCAUGGUGGUGUAAAACGUGCUUCACUGUAGACAGUGAUACUGGUGCUCCAGGAGUUUCCAGCUUAUGGCAGGCUUGAAGUUUCGUGGUUCCUGGGUUGUUUCUGAACAUUCUAAGCAGUUUCCUCUCAGUGUCAGUUUGGGUCUUCUUCCAGGCCAUGGCAAAGUGGUGACACAUCUAAAUAACUUGUACUUAGGUACAGUUGUUUAAACCGAUUGUCCUUCAAUCUGCAGUUUGUUAGAAAUGGUCCAUUAAGCUUCUGGAAUAGAUUGCUCAAACCCCCAACCUCAACUGUAAACAAAAUUUGUGGACUAUGCUUAAAAGCCAGGUCUGUGCCAACAAACCAACUAAUUUAAACAUAAUGUAUCAAUUCUGCCAAGAAGAGUGUGGUCACAUAUUCAGCUAGAAUUAUGCCAGAAACUUGUUGAUAGUCUGGUCAGGUGCAACUUGCGGGACAUUCGACCAAAUAUUAGUGGGGGUAUAUGUAUACUUUUGACCCUGUGUGUGCAAGUGACAUGUUUGCUGUGAGCUGAAGUGCAGGAAGCGCAGGUUUAAGUCCUGAUCUGUCGCUCUUUGCUGCGUGUCUCCCCCCCAUCUGUCCUCCUGCCUUCCUGUCACUCUCUACUGCCAAUAAAAAGCCACUGUGGCCAAAAAAA